CUAAAUGAAUUUCUUGUCAACCGGCACUUUCUUUCUCAGCGCGUCUCGGCCACCUCUGCCCGCGCCGCGAAGGACCCCGACUAUAAGAGGCUCCGCCCCGCGCGGCCGCCUCUCUUCUCGCCGCCAUCUUAGGUUCCCUCGGCUGUCUGCCCCACCCCUCCCCGGAGCGCGGAGACGCCACGAGGCGCUUGGAGGCGCGCGCCAUCACCAUGCAGAUUUUCGUGAAGACGCUCACGGGCAAAACCAUCACCCUCGAGGUUGAACCCUCGGACACUAUCGAGAAUGUGAAGGCAAAGAUUCAAGACAAGGAGGGGAUCCCUCCAGACCAGCAGAGGCUGAUCUUUGCAGGCAAGCAGCUUGAGGAUGGCCGCACGCUGUCCGACUACAACAUUCAGAAGGAGUCGACGCUGCACCUGGUGCUCAGGCUGCGCGGAGGCGCCAAGAAGCGCAAGAAGAAGUCGUACACGACCCCCAAGAAGAACAAGCACAAGCGCAAGAAGGUCAAGCUCGCCGUGCUCAAGUACUACAAGGUGGACGAGAACGGCAAGAUCACGCGUCUGCGGCGCGAGUGCCCCUCGGAGGAGUGUGGAGCCGGCGUCUUCAUGGCCAACCACUUCAACCGGCAGUACUGCGGCAAGUGCUGCCUCACCUACGUGUUCAACAAGCCCGAGGAGAAGUGACGUGUCACGUGUGACACGUGCGGGGGGGGGGGUCCCCGCCCCUCUCUGUUAAGUGCCGCGAUGGUUAAUAAAGAAGCCCUGUGAACGGCA